AUGAAAAUUUCUAACUUUUUAAUUCCUCAAGAUUCAAGCGAUUCUUCUCCUCAUUCAAACUCUCCUGAAUCAUUCUCGCUUGAUUUAUGCUCAUUUCCAUCCUCAAGCAGCUCUCCUUCCACAACAAAGAAAAAACAUAUAGGAAGGAAAAUAAAUUCCGACACCGAAAUUCUUUCCCACUUUUAUACUUUUCGGGCUUCAUCAACAGGCCAGCCUAAAAAAGAGUAUUUACGUUGCAAACUAAUUCGCGGUCACAAGAAAGCAAAUCGACAAAUAGAAAAAAAUAUUUUAUAUAGAAAUUUUUGAGCUUUGAAAUUAUUGAAAAUUAUUUAUUUUAUAUAUGAAAAAGGCACUGAUUAUUAUUAUAAAAUGCAUUUUCUCAUUAUAUAAGUAUAUUAUCCCAAUAAAAUCCUUCAAUAGCUAUAAUUAUCACAACCCUCAAUCAAUAGCUCUAUGAAACAAGCUUUCCGAAAUUUACAAAAAUUAUUCAUUUAUAUUAAAAGAUCUCUCAAGAACAGAAAAUACAAUAAUAGCAAGCAAGAAAAAAAAUAAAUUAAAAACUCCAAGUUUAACAAAGAGCUUUAAUGCUUGCUUCUGCACAGAAUAUUUCCAAAGAUUAGAAGUAAGGGAGUCUUUCUAUUACUACGUCGAGUAUUUGUUCAGUGAUUUUGAGCCUAAUGUUUUGUGUCGCAAAUUUAAUUUUAACUGCUGUAAAAGCCAAAAACAUAAUGAAAUUUGCUAUGAAAAAUGGGAGAAGGUAAAGCAAUAUAUUAAUAAUGAAAUGAUUUUAGAACUAAAAUUAGAACCUUGGUUCCCAAAUUGUGAAAAAAUACUGGAUGAGCCAAGAAUUGAAGAGGCUGAGAAGAAAAGUCCUGAAUUAUAUUUGGAUUUUAAUCAGCCUUCAUGGAUCAGGAAAAUUUAUGUACAGAAAAUUGAGCUUAUUAAUCCAAGUGAUAUUUUUAAAGUGAAUAUUAUCAGGGAUUUGAAGGUUUAA